AUUUCUUCAUAGUACAGCAGGUUUGGGACAUGCUAAUCCUACGAAAAACUUCUUGUUUGAAAGUUGUGCUUUUUUGACCAAUCGAUUGUAUCGCAUGUUACAAAAUAAUGGAAAUUAUUUAAGAUAAUAAAAAUAUCUACGUUUUGUAGAGAAUUUGACAAGGAAUCUUUCAAUAAAAAAAAUUUUUUUUCUUAGCUGAAUUAUAGGUGAGAAAUAUGCAAAAUAAUGAGAGGGUCAUUCAUUAUGGACCACCCGUUACAAUUGGUGAAAGACGACAACACCAAUAAUGUAUGUUUUUUUAUCAAUUAUUUACGAGAAAAUCAUGAACAUGAAAUAUUUAAUUAAUUAAUUUAAUUAUAAUAAUAAUAAAAUUGAACAAAUAGGAGUUAUACAAACAAAUAAUAAUCAACAAUAUUUAGCUGUUAUUGUUAAAUGACAAACAAAUCUACACACGGUUAAUUAAAAUAUUCUAUUAAAAUUAAAAUAACUCGAUAGAAUCGUCCUAUUAUAUAUUGAUAUUGUUGUUUUAAGAAUUAAUUCUUGUUCGUUUAUAAUCAUCGAAAUCCAAUGAACAUUCUCUCUUCUAUCUAAAUAAAAUAAAUUUAAAUUAGUUGAUCAUAUUUGGCCAUUACUUUCUCGUGACCAAUCAAUUCCUUAUCUAACAAUCUCAACAUCAUCAACAAAUAUUUUUGAUUUCGAUUUAGAAAAAAAUCUUUCACAAUUUAUUAAAAUUUUAACUGAACAAGAUAUUGAUAAACAAAAAAAAAUGCGUAAAGAAAUCGAAAAUAAACAAUUAACCGAAGAAUUUCAACAAAUUCAAAAACAAUUUUAA